AGUAACGGGUGGAGCUCCACAGGGACAUGCCCGAGCUUGUUGCUGUUUCCAUUGUAUUCAGGCAGUAAGAUCGAAUGCGUUGCGAGUCGAAUUUAGAAUCCCUGGCUGCUGUGAGAGUUCUAGAAUCCAGUUCCCCCAACUGCCACCAGAUGUCAGCACCCUUCCAAACCUUUGUCUUCCUGGACUUGGAAGCAACAGGGCUCAGAGACGACCGUCCGCGAGUGACAGAACUGUGCCUGGCUGCCGUCCAUCGCUUCUCCCUGGAGAACCCCCCCGGGGGGGGCAGAGCGAGGCCGCAGCUCCCCCGAGUCAUGGACAAGCUCUGCCUCUGCGCCGACCCACACAAACUGGUCUGUCAACGCGCGCUGGAGCUUAGCGGCUUGAGCAACGAGAACCUGACCGAAAACUGCAAGCCCGGCUUCGACGAGGUGGCAGUGUCCCUCAUCAACGGCUUCCUGCAGAGACAGGCUCCUCCGGUGUGCCUGGUGGCCCACAACGGGUUCCGCUACGACUUUCCUCUCCUGCGGACGGAGCUCCUGCGUCAGGAUUCGGAUCUCCCUCCCGGUGUGUUCUGCGCAGAUUCCUACAGAGCCCUCCAAGAGAUCCUCUGGGACCCCCAAUCCCCAAAGAACCACAGGGGCUACAGCUUAGCCACGCUGUACAGGCGUUUCUAUCGGAGCUGCCCCCCUGUGUCUCACUGCGCUGAAGCAGACGUGAGCACCCUCAUCGCUGUGUUUCUCAGCCAGGCCAGGGAUCUGCUCGUCUGGGCUGAUCUCAACGCCUGCCCCUGGGAAAUUACCCCCCCUAUGUACAACCCCAGCCCCCGAAAACCACUGAGGAUGCCCCAAGAAACUCAGAAUGGAGGUACACCCAAAAGACAGAUGAAGGUGGCAAGAUCGAGCCAGGCUUUAGGGUUGUGCUAGCUCUAUAGAAACACACAGGCAGGCAGCCGCUUAUCAGGCAUGCACAGUUAUCCAGGAAUUUUAUAAUGAAAUGUUAACCAAAGUCCUUGUUUUUAUUUGUACUAUCACUGUUGAUGCAAUGUAAUGGUCAUAUUGAGCUAAAAUGUUACAGAACAAAUAAUUAUGACUUUUUUUUUUUUUACUUAUUUUUGUAAUAGUGGAUGAAUAUACAGGCUUUUAACAUGCUGUUAUACAUGUCAGAUAAACACAUGCUUUGCUGUGUCCAAUGGUAUUGAAAUCUAACCUUGUGUGCAAUUUUUAUUCAAUUUUAGUGUAUUUUAACAGCUUGAAAAGCAAGUUUUUUAUGUAUUUCAAAAUAAACUUUUGGGGAUCAGUUACAGUAAAUCAUGUUUUAAAUCGAUGAAAUAAAAAUAUGAAAACAAA